AUGGACACUGUGGAAGAUUCAGUUGAGCUUAAACUGCCAUCACAUUGGGAGGGUAAGGUUCGUUACAUGCGUUCUUGUAAUGGUCUUGUUUGUCUUUCUAAUGAUUGUUAUGAUAGUAUAUGUAUUUGGAAUCCGUGUACUAGACAGUAUAAGAUGCUUUCUGUGCCCAACUAUGCAUUUGGUGUAAGGCAUUGUCUAGGGUUUGGUUUUGAUUCUAUUGGAAACGACUACAAGAUUCUUUGGAUUGUAACAAAGGUUGUCCGUGACUUACGAGGUUUUAUUGUUAGCAUGAAUCUUAAACCAGAAGCACAGUUGUAUUCCGCAAAGGCUGAUACUUGGAAAAAGAUUCGUAUUCCGGAUACUAUUAGAAUAUCUUUUUGGAAUAGGCUGAAGAGAUCCUGUGGUCCUGAUAUUAGUGGGAAGUUGUAUUUGGAAGGUGAGGGUGGGCUAUUGCCGUUUGAUUUGCGCAACGAUGUGUUUGGAGAACUUCUGGGGAUGAAUCAGUCCUUAGUCUUUGGAUGUUAG